AUAUAGAACUUGAUGCUUUUUAUGAUUAAUCAAUCAUUGAUACAGUAGAUGUCCAGAGCCCUUAAAAUGCCUGCCAAGAGACUAGAGUCAGCAACUUACUGCCAUGAAGAAAACUAGUGAUUGGCUUUUCUCCCAUGAAAUCCCAAGUGAUGUUACAGUUCACAUUGGAGGUGCUUCUUUUCCAUUACACAAGUUUCCAUUGGGGUCAAAGUGUGGUUACAUAAGAAAAAUAUUAGCGAAUCCCACACAUUCUGAUCCUUUAGUAAUUGAAAUCCCUGAUGUCCCUGGAGGCCCAGAAGGAUUUGAACUUGCAGCAAAGUUUUGUUAUGGAAUGAACUUUGAAUUAUCAACAGAAAACAUUUCAAUAGUGAGAUGUGUUUCAGAGUUUCUUGAAAUGACAGAAGAUUAUGCAAUUGGAAACCUUGUAACAAGAUCUGAAAGCUAUUUAGAUGAAAUAGCACUUAAGACAUUAGCUGGUGCUGUUACCGUAUUGCUAUCAUCAACAAAUUUGUUACCAAUGGCUGAAAAAGUUAAGUUAAUUACUCGGUGUAUUGAUACUAUUGCAUAUAUAGUAACCAGAGAAUGUGAGCUUUUCUCUUCUGGAAGCACGAGUGAUUUUGUUUCUUCUUCAUCGAAUCUGAAAGGUGUAGUUGAUUGGUGGGCUGAAGAUUUAGUUGUGCUUAGAAUCGAUAUAUUUCAAAGGGUUCUUCUUGCAAUGAUUUCAAGGGGAUUUAAACAAUAUGAACUUGGUCCGAUUCUAAUGCUUUAUGCCCAAAAAUGCCUUCAAGGUUUGGAGAUACACGGAAAGAAGAAAAAAAAAAUUGACUCAAAACAAGAGCAUGAAAAGCGGAUAGUUCUAGAAACAAUAGUAAGCCUCCUACCAAGAGAAAGAAACACAAUGUCGGUCAGUUUCCUUUCAAUGUUACUUCGGGCAGCCAUAUAUCUUGAAACAACAAUGGCAUGUAAGCUAGUUUUGGAUGACAUACUAAUUCCAUCUUUUCAUUGUGAUGGUGACACAUUGUUUGAUGUUGAUACUGUCCAAAGAGUCAUGAUGAAUUACCUUGAACACAUAUUAGAAAUCAAUAAUAAUCAAGGAAACGACAUGGAAAAAGUUGGAAAGUUAAUGGAAAGUUAUCUUGCUGAGAUAGCUUCUGAUAGGAAUUUAUUACUAUCAAAAUUUAUCAAUUUUUUUGAACAUAUUCCAGAACAAGCUAAGGUAUCCGAUGAUGCAAUUUAUAGAGCCAUUGAUAUUUACUUGAAGGUUCAUCCAACAUUAAAUGAUAUGGAAAGAAAGAAAGUUUGCAGCUUGAUGGACUGUGAAAAGCUUUCACGUGAAGCAUGUGCACAUGCUGCCCAAAAUGACAGACUUCCUGUGCAAACUGUGGUUCAGGUUAUUUUCUAUGAACAACAACGGUUAAGAGACUCCAUGGGUGGUGAUGGUCUAUUAGCAGUUGAACCCACCCCACCACCACCGCCUCCACCUCCACCACCAUCCCGGCUGCCACCGCCACAAACAAGCCAUUCCCAUGAGCUUUCAUGGCUGAAAAAAGAAAACCAGGACCUGAAAUUUGAGCUUUUAAAAAUGAAAAUGAAAUUGAAAGAAGUGGAAAGAUUGUCUAGUGAGAAAUCUAUAGUCCGCAGCCCGGGUGUUCCUACUCAUUAUUCUUCUGAUCAUAAGCCACUGUUUCAUCGGAAGUCGUUUUUAAAUUCUCUAUCGAAAAAGCUGGGGAAGCUAAUGCCACUUCUACGAGUUGAUGGGGUUGUACCAUUGAGUACAAGAGGCAGGAAUAAACCAAGUAAAGACCGGAGACAUUCAAUGUCUUGAUUUGUUUGACAAGAGGUGUCUCAAUUCCAUGCAUUUUAUAUAUUUGUGUAAUAAUUCUAUAAAGCUCAAGUAUAUCAUGUCUAGGGUCUUGAAUUUCAUUGGCCUUGCCAGCUGCGGCUAACUUGUUGUAGAAAGUCUUUUAGGCAUUCAAUGGAUUUAGAGUUUAAUAGCAUUGAACUCUUCAAUGGGAAAAAUAUGCAUACAUUGAGUGUACGUAACUAUAAAUACUACAUCAAUCAUGAACC